AUGACAGAAGCUCAGGAUUAUCUGAUGGAUGAAAGUCCGCUCCUCACCGCUGCUCAUCUGGGCAAACUGCGUUUGGUUCGACUUCUGGUGGAAGGAGGCGCGCAGGUGAACGCACACAGCCAGAGAGGAGAAACACCGCUGUUGGCCGCUUGUCGAGCUCUUCGGGGUGACCAGUCUGGAACAACGAUGUUGAGACUUAUCAAGUUUCUCCUUAGUAACCAGGCAGACCCAAACGUACAGGACAAGGCGGGCCGCACCGCACUGAUGUACGCCUGUAUGGAGCGGGCCGGAGCAGAGGUGGCGACCGCUCUGGUAGCGGCAGGAGCCGAUCCAAGCAUGGAAGAUAACAGCGGAGCUUCGGCUCUCGUAUAUGCGAUAAACGCCCACGACCAGGACACGCUUCAAGUGCUGCUGGACGCCUGUCGAGCCAAGGGACGUGACAUUAUUAUCAUAGCUACAGAUCUGAGCUGUGACGGCAGUAGCAUAACGCGCCGCUAUCUGAACGUUCUGCCCUCACCUGACAGCUCACCUGUGUCCUGUAUGUCCCCCUCAGAUAUCGAGCUGAAGACUAACUCGCCAAACUCAGAAGGAGAAAACAUCUUUAAUUUUCGAGGAGGUGGCAAGGUGUCUCCUUCACUGCAGAGGAGCGAUACUCUGAGCGGCCAAAGGCUACGCUCCGAGCCCUGUCUGGCCAUUCAGAGCCUAGCCAAUCUCAGCCACACCUAUGAGAAAAACUCAGAGGAACAGUUUCAAGAGGAAGAUAAAAAGAAAAAAGAUCAACAUUUCACUUCUGAGGAGGAUCAGACCAUCUCCUCACUUACUGGAGCUUUUCCAAGAGCGUGCCAAUUAAAGAAAACGCAUUUAGACCCGACAGAGAACCCAUUAGGCCAAGAGCAGCUACAAAGUCGAAGAAAUACUCUACCUGACCUCCAAAGCCAAACAUUACUUCAACUGCCAUCUUUGAAACUGACUCUGUCUAGCUCGGACACUCGUUUACAUAAUCCACCCGCC